CACCGUUAGACAGUCUCAUACAAGACGAAAAUAUUAUUGAUGACUAAAAGUAAAUAUUCUUUCCAGUGUUAAUCUGCUGGUUGAAAAGUACUGGAAUUAACUCGGAAUUGUAACUUUGAACAUAAACUAAGAUAUAUAUAUAUGUACAGAUGAAACAUGAAAGCAUCUGAUGCCAAUUUGGAUGGAGUUAUUAUUGGAUUGGAGUAUCAAAUUUUCAUCUAUAAAAAUUGAAAUGAUAGUUGAGAAUCUCUAAGAGUGGAAUUGAGAUGGGGAAUCGUUUAGGGCGUGGUAAACCCCCUGCAGUGCUUGCUAUUCACUCCACGGAUCAAUGGAACGCGCAUUUUGAAUCCUCAAAAAGGUCACCCAAACUGAUGGUGGUGGACUUCUCGGCUUCAUGGUGCGGACCCUGUCAAUACAUGGAACCAAUCCUCAAAGAUUUCUCGAUUAAGUUUGGGGAUGUCGAGUUUAUCAAGAUUGAUGUGGAUGAGCUGGCGGAUGUUGCUAGUGAAUUUGGGGUUGAUGCCAUGCCAACUUUUGUAUUUUUCCACAAGGGCAAACAAGUUGACAGACUAGUUGGUGCUAAUAAGGCUGAACUUAAGCUCAAGAUCUCUCAACAUAAACUCUAAUUAUAAACUCCUUCCUAAUUUUCAUCAAAUUAAUGCAUUAUUAAUUAUAAUUCAACUUUAAAUCUUCACAUAUUAUAUGGACUAUUGUGUUUCAUUACACUUGGAGAUUACUCUUAUACUUAUCUUGUGUGAAUGUAACAUUAAUUAAAUUGAAUCAACUCUUUGCAAAAGUUUUUUCUUUCUAAUGCAAACUCUCAUUACUGAGUAAAAAAUUACACCGGUUCGAUUGGUAUAUUGGGCUAUAAUGUAAGGCCCAUAUAGUGCUACAAAAAAUAAAUCAUGAAUUGCUUGUUCUUAAUAAAAUCAAGUGAUUCAUUAACUUUUGCUUUAUAACCUUUCGUAAAUUAUUGUGAGAGACCAUCUUUUAAAGAGGUGGUCGCAAUUGGAACCGCCCAUUAGAUUUUUAGAAAAUACAAAAAUGAAAAUGUAGUGUAGCUGCACGCUUAGUCGGUAUGGGUUUAGGAUACCUCAAGUAGGGGUUCACAGUAUGUCAAGUAAGGGUUCACAGUAUGUCAAGUAGGUAUUUUUAACAUGCUGAAGUUGUCAAUUAGGUGUUAUGAGCUAUAGGUGUUUAGGUUGUUUGCUGUAAGAGUUUAAGUUAUGUGUUGUAGGUGGUUAGGUUAUUUGUUAUAUUUGUUAUGUGCGUACAUGUUUAUUAUAGAUAUUUAUGUUAUGUGUUGUAGAUUUUUUAUAUUAUGUGCUGUAGGUGUUUAAUUUAUUUGGUGUAAGAGUUUAUGUUAUGUGUUGUAGGCAUCCAUAUACUUACAAAAAAUACUUUAAAUGCUUACUAAAACUAGUUUAAAAUACCUGCUAAAAAUUAUAGUAGGUGUUUUUGUCAAAUGCGUGCGCAUAGUAGGUAUUUUUGUAUAUUGGGCUAGGCUUUGGAAGCCAUCUCUCAAAGACACGGUCUCAAAAAAAAACCUUUUAAAUGGCCCACAGUUAAUAAUAGCGAGUCAUUUUUUACCAUAGGUUUAGACACGAAGACGUUUAUGUUGGAAAAUAAUUCUUCCCAAUGGUUAUCUUUUAAAUUUUUAAUCAACAAAUGUUUAGUUUAUUAAAUUAACAAAUGUUUAGUUUAUUAAAUUUUCGAUUUGGGCGCGAAGAUAUUUAUUUUGAAAAAUGAUAUUUUUCCACGCUUAUUUAUUUUUAUUUAAAAAGUUCAAUUUAUUUUUCAAACUUUCACAACACUAGUUGCCUAGUGGGAUUUUUAUAUGGCUUAUAUGAGGCGGAAAAAGAGUUUGAAUAAGGCUAAUAAGUUAAAAUAUUUGAGUUGGAUUAAAUCAUUUACUAAUUAUUAUAUGAUGUAGUUUUACCGUAAGACUCACACUAUACAAAAGUUAAAUAGAUUGACAAAUACAAAUAUGUAAAUAUAAAUUCUUUAUUUUAACGUCGUCUCACUUAGAGAUAAUCUCUCAUAAAAAUAUGUGCAACACUAUUUUAGAAUUUAGUUAAGGAAUAAUACGGUAAACUUUCAAAAGAGUUUCAUAUAAAUGUAUUUUAUUUUAUGGCAUACUUCCAAGUUUGUACAUAUUAAAGUUGGGACAAGUCUCAUCGAUGGCAAAUCAUAAAUAGAAAGAACACAAGAUGGCUGUAUAGCAUCUUAUUUAUACCUCUUGCAUACUAAUCCCUCUUAUUUAUUAUAAUUGUUUUAUUUGCUUUUUAAUAGUAUUUAUUGAUUACUCUUAAUUUGUAUUUUAUUUUUAAAUAUUAAUCUUUAAAUUAAAACAUAACUAAAUAAGAUCUUAUUUAAUUUGUCUUAAUGUAAAUUUCUUAAUAUCAACUUUUAUAAUUUUUACUCAAGCAAGAAUAAACGUAUUUAUAAUUGAAAUAGUGUAUCGGUGAACAUGCUAUAAUAAUAGGUAUUAAGAAGGAGUAUUUUCUAAUCUUUAUCUAAAAAGUCAAUUUAUCUCAUCUCAUCCAAAUAUUCCUUUUGUGGGCUUAAGUUUUUUAAUUAAUAUACCUAUCCAUGAACUUAAUUAUUAAUGUAACACCCCGUUAAAAUAUCGAAAAACAAAUAUAAUUAUUUAAUUUAAUUAAUUAUUUGAUUAUUUAAUUUAAUUAGUUAUUUGAUUGUUUAAUUAUCUAAGUGGUACUCGCAUGUUAUCGCGUAACGGUUUUUCGUCUAACAAUUAAACCGAACAAUUAAUUAAUCAAUUAAAAAAAUUUAAAAAUAAAUUGGUAAGGGGGAGCCGGUUGUGGAGUGGCUUUUGGGGAGUUUGUAACUCCUCCCUUAAUACUAAUUCAGGGGUAAUUAUUUUAGGCAUUAAGGAAUGGAAUUAAGGAGGUUAAUUAAGCUAAUGACCUUGGACUUUUGACUCACAAAAAAAUCAGAAAUUUUUCUUCACAUUUGCUUUAAAACUUUCGGCCAAAG